GUUUAUUACGUUUACUACAAGCUGAUGAGUACUUACAUCAAGCGCAGUGGAUAAUUCUUAAGAAUUCAUUUUGCGACAAUAGCAUCAAAUCAAGAAUGCAUCGAAAUUUUGGAAUGCUGUUUGCAACACAAAAAAAGCAUACUGAAGCAUUACAUCACUUUGCUCAAGAUAUAUACUACUCAUCACUUGCAUUUGGAACAAAUAACAUUCGAACUUCAGGAGGUUAUUUUCAUAUGGCAAAUGUUUUUUACCAACAAAAUAAACGAGAAACAGCCUAUUCUCUAUAUGGUCAACUGACUUCUAUGUGGAAUGAUACUCUUUUUAAAAUGGUUGAACAGCUUUCUGUUGAAGCUGCAAAUCUUCCUCAAAAGAAACUUAUAGAUAAUUCUAAUGAAGAUAAUUGUUUUCUAGAUGAAGUACAAGGUGCAGAGGCAGUCAAAAUUUUACAUACAAUUCUAGAUCUUCACGAAAACCAGAAACCUCCAUUUUUGAAAGAGCUCACAAAAAAUUUAUUUACUCUUGCGAUGCUUUACACAAUUUUAGAGAAUUUUGUGAAGGCAAAAGAGUUUCUUUCCAAAGCUUUAUCAACAGCUAAAUUGUAUUCCUCUGAAGAGAAAAGACUUAAUUGGUUUGAAAGUAUCUAUUUAAUUUUGGAAAAUAAGCCUAAAUAAUAUGGUUUUGUUUACGAAUCCAAGUCGAAAAAGAAAAAGAUUUAGUCAUUGAGUUGUUUAAUUUAUAUUUUAAAUAAUAAUUUUAUAUGUUUUACGAGUAACGUUGUUUAUUUAAGUCUUUUAUAAUGUGGUUGUAUUUAAAAAAAAAAUUUAUUAAGUAAUAAGUUAUUGGCGUAUGAAAUAUUUGGAUUAACAGUCUAAAAAUAGUUAAUGACUCCUAAAAGCAUAUUUACCCAAUAUCUCUUUUGCCUUCAUUCAUCUAAACCUAUGUGCUGUACAGUUUUUCCUCAGUCUUAAAAUAUUUUGAAAUAAAGUCUUAAAUUAAAGAUAAUUUUUUUGCUUUUCAAAAUGGUCCUCUAAAUUUUGACUAGCAACACAAUGUCUUUUUAGAUCUUAGACGCAGUUUUUUUACCGUCAAAAACAUCUAGCUAUUUAUUUAUUUUUUACCUUAACAUGUUUGCAGCACUUAAAAGCUAACUAUUUUAAGCUGCCUCCAAUUUAUAUUGAGCUUGUUUUUUUUAAAAAAAAAAGAUCUCUUUUGGUACUCUAUAUGAUCACUAAAAAAUAUAAUUUUCUGAAUUUUUUUGUAUUUUUAUAAAAGUACUAUUUGAGAUUGCAUUACAGUCUUUAUAAUAUUAAUUAUAACUAAAA